AUGUUUGAGAUCCUCAAGAGCGACCUUGCCGGCAGGAUAGGCGUGCUCACCACCAACCACGGAAGGGUAAGCACCCCGGCGUACGUUCCGGUCCUGCACCCGGUCAGGCAGAACAUACCCGCGGCAAAGUUUCACGAGCUGGGAUUCGAGCUUGUGAUCACCAACGCGUACCUGGCAAGAAAGAACUACGGCGACACCAGCAGGCCAAUACGCGACAUAAUAGGGUUUGACGGCCCCGUAAUGACAGACUCGGGGGGGUACCAGGUGCUGGAGUACGGCGACCUGGACGUCACGCCAGAGGAGAUAGCAUCCUUUGAGACCGCGAUAGACUCAGACAUCGCGAUACCGCUGGACCGACCCACGGGGUUUGGGCUGCCCCGGGACGUGGCCCUGCGCCACGUGAAGCACACCCUGAAGGUCUCCAAGAGGACCCUGGAGGAUUCCCCCGACAACGGGCAGAUAUGGGCUGGCCCCAUACAGGGCGGCGAGCACAUGGAUCUGGUCCGGAGAUCCACCAGGUCCCUUGUGGGGUACGGCUUUGAGAUGCUCGCACUGGGAAGCCCGGUGGAGUUCAUGGAGUCGUACCGGUACAGGCUGCUGGCCCAGAUGAUCAUGCACGCAAAGAGGCAGAUGCCGCCGGGCCUGCCGCUGCACCUCUUUGGCGCGGGCCACCCGCUCACCAUACCCCUGGCAGUCGCCCUGGGCUGCGACACGUUUGACUCCGCGUCCUACGUGCUGUACGCGAAGCAGGGCAGGUACAUCACGGAGGACCGGACGCGGCACCUGGCAGAGAUGAGCUGCUUCUCCUGCCCCUGUGAGGUCUGCUCCCGGCACACGCCGCAGGAGCUGCACGCCCUUGGCCACCCCGACCGCACCAACAACCUGGCCCUGCACAACCUGCACUCCAUAAAGGCCGAGGUGAACCGGACGCGGGAGGCCAUACACGAGGGAAGGCUGUGGGAGUACGUCUUCAAGAAGCUGCGGGCGCACCCCAAGCUCUUUGAGGCGGGCGACGUCCUGACGGAGAACCACCAGUACCUUGCAGACGGCACCGCAAAAUUCAAGGACAGGGCCAUCUUUCUCUUUGCGGCAGAGGACCAGUUCCGGCCCGAGAUAACCUCGUACCACCGCAUGGUGCGCAGGUUCACCUCAAAGAAGAGAACCCUGUGCAUAUUCGCGGAUGCCGACAUAAAGCCGGCAUACCUCUCCCCGCAGUACGCCGCGGCAAGAAGGAGGCUAGAGUCUGACGACGUACAGUUCUGCAGCUACAACCCGUUUCUGGGCCCGAUACCAAUCGAGAUCUCCGACAUGUACCCUGCGGCCCACCACGUCAUGAGCCGCCAGGAGUACGCCCCGGAGCGGUUUGGGCAGACAAGGGAGACGUUCCGCACAUUCUUUGAGAGGAACCGCUUUGAGGUGACGUACCUGCCCGAGGAUGCGUUCCUUGAUGCCAUGCUAGAGGGCAUCAAGACCGAGAGGAGGCGCAUGGGCCAGAACCCGCACCACGUCCCAGAGGCAUGA